AUGAAGACCAAGUGCUGUAGUCGAUUUGUGUUUUGCUCCAAGACAACCAUCUAUACCUUUCUGCUUGGAGGAGUGUUUAUUGCGUUGGGCUCAAGUCGAAUCCUCCUGAUGAAGUAUUCUGCCAAUGAAGAUAACAAAUACGAUUACCUUCCUACAACAGUGAAUAUAUGUUCUGAAGUAGUAAAGCUGGUCCUGUGUGUGAUAUUGGCACUAUGGGUUAAGAAAAAAGAGGGUUGUUUGGAUCAUCCCUUUGAAUGUCUUUCCUGGAAGAAUUUUUAUAAUUCCAUGAAAUGGUCAAUUCCUGCCUUCCUUUACUUUUUGGAUAACUUGAUUGUCUUCUAUGUACUGUCCUACCUCCAGCCAGCAAUGGCUGUGCUCUUCUCAAAUUUUGUCAUUAUAACAACAGCACUUCUUUUCAGGAUAGUGCUAAAGCGAAAACUCUCUUGGGUACAAUGGGCAUCUCUGGUGAUUUUAUUCCUGUCCAUCGUUGCCCUGACUCUAGGAACUGGAGGCCAUCAGCAAAGCUUGGCUGCACACGGAUUCCAUCACAACAUGUUUUUUAGUCCAUCUAACCAUUGCCUUCUCUAUGCCGGACCUGAGGAAGCAUGCCUGGAAAAGGGCAACUGCGUGGCACCAAGUUUCCUUCCCAGCUUCCAGUGGAAUGUCACCAGUACCAUGGCAGGAGCAUUGAAACCUCUCCGCCUCAGCCUGGGCCAUCUGCUUAUUCUUGUGCAAUGUUUCAUUUCUGCCCUGGCUAACAUCUACAACGAAAAGAUCUUGAAAGAUGGGGAUCAGCUUGCUGAAAGCAUCUUUAUGCAGAACAGCAAACUCUAUGCCUUUGGGGUGCUGUUCAAUGGGCUUAUGCUGGGGUUGCAGGCUAAGGACCGGAGGCAGAUAGGGAAUUGUGGAUUCUUUUAUGGGCACAACGUCUUCUCGGUGGCUCUCAUAUUUGUCACAGCUUUCCUGGGGCUCUCUGUAGCCUUCAUCUUGAAGUUCCGAGACAAUAUGUUCCAUGUUAUGACUGCUCAGAUCACCACUGUCAUCAUCACCACCGUCUCUUUCGUCAUCUUUGACUUCAGGCCUUCUCUAGAGUUCUUUUUGGAAGCUCCUGUAGUGCUUCUCUCCAUAUUCAUCUAUAAUGCCAGUAGACCAAGAGGCCUGGAAUAUGCCACUCUGCGGGAAAGGGGCAAACUCGUCAAAGGAGAUGCAUGGGAGAGGUCAAGUGGGGAUGGAGAAGAAUUUGAGAGACUGAACAAACCAAGCAGUGACAUCGACACAGAUGAAGAUUCGCUCUAGCACAAGGCUGAUUCUGAGGAGUGCUGUUACUCAUAGUGAGAGAAUG